AUGCACAGGCAGCUACGCUUGGAUACCUCCGUUGGGGGGAAUCAGCGAUAUUCCUUUAUUGAGACGCCACUGGAAAUGCAUGCUUCUGGAAUACGAAAUGGUCAACAGCAGCAAGAAAUACCACCGUCGCAACCAUUAACAGUACCCAAUCCUGAUACUGCCCCGGCCCAGGCUGCAGCAGAGCAAGAACAACCACAACGCCUACCACUGUUGAAUGAGAAGGCACAGUAUGUGCGGCAAGAAGCGGUGGCUCCUGGUAACCUAGGUGGACCGAAUCCUGAAGAGCAUCCUGCUAUCUCUGCCCCUUAUGCCGAUGCGGUGCCUCAACCGGUUCAGCAACACGAUGCAGUUGUGCCGGACUACUCGUACCCUAUUUUCCUGGGCCACCGACGGCCUCAGGGACAUCCUACACACCAUUGGCAGACGAUGUUGCGGCCUACCAUCAGCCAGGCCAGGUAUCGCACCCUAAUCAACAUAUAG